AUGGUGUCCCCGGAGAAAUCAACGUUGGAGUAUAGACAUUUCGAGAGACAAAUAGAUGUGCCUUUUGUAGUCUAUGCAGAUUUCGAAUGUCUACUUCAAGAUAUUCAAAGUUGUCAGCCGGAUCCAGCAUCAGCGUCAACAACAACUCUUCAAGAGCAUAUACCGUGUGCUUUUGCUUACUAUAUUAAGUGUUGUUACGAUUCUAAUUUAGAUAGGUUUAGAAUAUACAAGGGACCAGAUUCUCCUAAAAAAUUUAUUAAUUCGUUAGUAUCUGAUUUAAAAUGGUUCUAUAUAAAUCAUAUUCAGAAACCCAAAUCGUCAAAUACUUUGACUUUAGAUGAGGAAAAAACGCAAAGAGAAGCAACUCUAUGUUGCAUUUGGUAUGAUUGUCAUUUGUUUGUCAAGGAGCUGGCAAGCAUUGAUGGAGAUAUUUCAAUAAUACCCAUUAAUAAGGAACUGUACGUGUCGCUUUCCAAAAAAAUACCCCUUAAUGAUUCUGAAACCAUUGAAUUAAGAUUUUUGGAUUCGUUAAGAUUCAUGCAUAGCAGUCUUGAUGCACUCGUAAACAAUCUGGCUCAUAAAGAUUUGAAAACUGUUUCAGGGGUAUAUGGAGAUGGCGAAAAAUUCAGUCUUCUUACGCGAAAGGGUGUGUUUCCUUAUGAAUAUAUAAACUCUUGGGAUCGACUUAAUGAAACUUCUCUACCAUCUCGAGAGAAAUUUUUCAAUAAGAUGUCAAACACUGAGUGCAAAGAAGCAGAUUAUCAACAUGCGCUCAAUGUUUGGAAGCAAUUCAAUUGUGGUGUUAUGUGGGACUAUUUGGAGUUGUAUCUGAAAACAGAUGUUUUGCUUCUAACAGAUGUUUUUGAAAACUUUCGAAAUGUUUGUAAAAAUAUAUAUGGACUUGAUCCUUGUCAAUAUUAUACGACUCCUGGCUUAUCAUGGGAUGCCAUGCUUAAAAUUACAUCCAUAAAACUGGAGCUUCUCACAGAUAUCGAAAUGCAUCACUUUGUGAAAAGAGGAAUUAGGGGGGGUAUUACGCAAUGUUCGCAUCGCCAUUCAACUGCAAAUAAUAAAUAUAUGAAAAAUUAUAAAGAAGAGGAUCCUUCCAAAUAUUUAAUGUAUGUAGAUGCUAAUAAUCUAUACGGAUGGGCAAUGUCACAGCCGCUUCCCUAUGCUGAAUUCAAGUGGGUUGAAAAUAUAGUUGAUUUUGAUGUUUUGAAUAUUGCAGCAGAUUCGGAUAUUGGAUACAUAUUGGAAGUUGAUUUGGAGUAUCCAAUAUCAAAACAUGAUGAGCACAAUGAUUUGCCAUUAUGUCCAGAAAAUAAAAUCCCGCAUAAUUCGAAAACUAACAAACUGAUUGUGGAUUUAACAGACAAGCAAAAAUAUGUUAUCCACUAUCGGAAUCUGCAGCAAUGCAUUCAAAAUGGUUUGAAACUGACUCGCAUCUACAGGAUUUUACAGUUUAAACAAUCCAGUUGGUUGAAGGAAUAUAUCGAUUUAAAUACCCAUUACAGGAAAAUGAGUAAAAAUCCUUUCGAGAAAAAUUUUUUCAAACUUUUGAAUAAUGCAGUUUAUGGCAAAACCAUGGAAAACGUUGACAAAAGAAAGGACGUAAAAAUUGUUACCGAUUGGGAGAGUCGAGGCAGACAGUCAGGCGCUCGAGUGCUUAUUUCAAAACCCAAUUUUCACAGCGCAGCUGUAUUUACACCAAACAUGGCAGCUAUCCAAAUGGAUAGAGUAUUUACUUGUUACGACAAACCAAUUUACUUGGGAUUUACUGUGCUUGAUCUAUCCAAACUGAAAAUGUAUGAUUUUCACUAUCAUUAUAUGAAACCUAAGUAUAAUGAUAAGCUCAUUCUAAAUUACAUGGAUACGGACAGUUUCAUUUACACUAUCGAAACGGAAGAUGUGUACAAAGAUAUUUUGUCUGAUAUUGAUACACAAUUUGAUACAUCAGAAUAUGCUAUCGAUAAUAUAUAUAAUAUUCCUCAAAAAAAUGCUAAAGUCUUGGGUUUGAUGAAAGAUGAAAAUAAUGGUAAAAUAAUGACAGAAUUUAUAGGAUUAAGAUCUAAAAUGUAUUCAUUUAGCGUAGAAAAUGACGGUUUUGUUAAAAAAGCCAAAGGAGUUAAGAAAAUAAUAAUGGAUGGUUUAAGUUUAGAUGAUUAUCGUGAUUGUCUAUUUAGAAAAAAAAUAUUUAGAGGUAACAUGUUUAUAUUUAGGUCUAAGAUGCAUAAUUUGUAUACAGAAUGUAUUAAUAAAAUUGCAUUAAACUAUUUAGAUGAUAAGCGAUUCAUAAGAGAGGACGGGGUUAGAACAUAUGCUUGGGGACAUUUUAAUAUAAGAAUGGAUGUAAACUAG